UGCAUUGCAACCUUAUACCUCUGAAGCCUUCUCACAAAGGUGUUCUCUCAUAAUUUGCUCGCUAAAAGAUAUGGAAGCUUUCAAGACCCUCUUAGCUAUGUUACUUCUCUUAGCUUCAGCAUUGUGUUCAGCAAAUGGCAAAACUCACGAGCAUGAGUUUGUUGUUCAAGCAACUAAAGUGAAGAGGUUGUGUAAAACCCACAAUGCCAUUACCGUGAACGGGCAAUUCCCAGGCCCAACGUUGGAAAUCAACAAUGGAGACACUUUGGUUGUUAAAGUCACCAACAAAGCUCGUUACAAUGUGACCAUUCACUGGCACGGUGUUCGGCAAAUGAGAACAGGAUGGGCGGAUGGACCAUCAUUUGUGACCCAGUGUCCCAUUCGUCCCGGAGGAAGUUACACUUACCGGUUCAACGUUGAAGGACAAGAAGGCACACUUUGGUGGCAUGCACAUAGCUCAUGGCUAAGAGCCACUGUUUAUGGUGCCUUAAUCAUUCGUCCAAGGGAAGAAGAGUCAUUUCCUUUCCCUAAGCCCAAGCGUGAAACGCCCAUUCUUUUAGGGGAGUGGUGGGACGCAAACCCCAUCGACGUUGUGACGGAGGCGACACGAACUGGGGCUGCUCCAAAUGUUUCUGAUGCGUACACUAUCAAUGGUCAACCUGGUGAUCUUUACAAGUGCUCUGCCAAAGGCAGUGUCAUUGUUCCAAUAGCUUCCGGGGAGACCAACCUUCUCCGAGUCAUCAACGCUGCACUCAAUCAACCUCUCUUCUUCACGAUCGCCAACCACAAAUUCACAGUGGUUGGCGCUGAUGCCUCCUACCUCAAGCCAUUUACGACCAAAGUCAUUUUGCUAGGACCGGGCCAAACCACCGAUGUCUUAAUCACCGGUGACCAGCCACCAUCCCGCUACUACUUGGCAGCGCGUGCGUACCAAUCUGCUCAAAACGCCGGGUUCGACAAUACCACUACCACAGCCAUUCUUGAAUACAGAAACCCACCUCAUUCUUCUCCUUCCAAAGUUAAACCCUUGAUGCCUCUACUGCCUGCGUAUAAUGACACCAACAUUGUCACUGCCUUCACCAAAAGCCUCAGAAGCCCUAAGAAAGUUGAGGUUCCCACAGAAGUUGAUGAGAGCCUCUUCUUAACUGUGGGCCUUGGGCUCAACAAGUGCCCUCCAAGUUUCAGAGCAAGAAGGUGCCAAGGGCCCAAUGGGACACGAUUCGCUGCGAGCGUCAACAACGUGUCUUUUACACUCCCGAACAACAUUUCAAUUCUACAAGCUCAGUAUCUUGGAAUCCCAGGAGUAUUCACCACUGAUUUCCCGGCGAGGCCGCCGGUGAAGUUUGAUUACACCGGUAACGUGAGCCGUUCGCUCUGGCAACCUGUUCCCGGAACUAAAGCGUAUAAGAUGAAAUUUGGAUCGAGGGUGCAGGUUGUGUUGCAGGAUACAAGCAUUGUAACACCUGAGAACCACCCAAUUCACCUUCACGGGUAUGAUUUCUAUAUCGUUGCUGAGGGGUUUGGAAAUUUCGAUGCCAAGAAAGAUACGUCGAAAUUUAACCUUGUUGAUCCACCUCUGAGGAACACGGUGGCAGUUCCUGUAAAUGGAUGGGCAGUUAUUCGAUUUGUUGCUGAUAACCCAGGUGCCUGGCUCAUGCAUUGUCAUUUGGAUGUUCACAUUACCUGGGGUUUGGCCACAGUUUUCUUGGUGGAGAAUGGAGUUGGGAAAUUGCAAUCCAUAGAGCCCCCACCAGCGGAUCUGCCUCUUUGUUGAUUAGAGUCGUCCAAAUAAUUAAACUCAUCAGCCCACUGAUUAAGAAGGGUCGUAAUUUUCAAUUAGUUUGAAUUUUGAUUGUAUAGUUUCCCUGCAUUUGGGGAGACUCAGUGGUUUUUUGUAUUUUCCUCUAUUUCAUAUUGUUGUUUACCAUAUAGAGAAAAAUCGGGUUUAGGAAUUACAAGAGAUAUAUGGUCAUGUGUUUUCAACAUAAGCCAUCUGAUUAAUUAGUCACAAGCCCGACUAGUUAAAUUGAUGUUACUUUUUCACUAUAGUUCAUGUAACUAGCUGAUAGCAAGUUAUAAAUAUAUAUGUCCCAUCUUGAGUACCCACAAGCAGUGGCGGAACCAGGAUUUUCGUGGA